GGUCGCGCACUACGAGUAGGGCGCUGGUCGGCUCCGAAACCCCGAAGAAGAAGAAGAAGAAGAGGACUGCGGGAAGAAGUUGGAAGUGGGCUCAACCGACGAGCGAGGCUGCAGCGACUUGUGACUUGAUUCAGCCAGUGGCGGACAGAAGGACCCCUGCGAGCGGAGGGCGGCCGAACCGUGAGGAUACACGAAGAAGGACUCGCACAGCACGAGAAGAAGCGGACGACCUCGUCGAGACCGGAAGCAGAGAGGAAGAAGAUGUCGUCUUCAGCGGUUGCUAAGAGCUCCAAGUACGUGUACCGCUCUACGGGCGGUGCGGGCACUGCCGAUGUUAGCAUCGAAUAUAGCGCCGACCUGAGCGCUCUCAGCAGACUCGAGGACAAAAUCCGUCUACUGCAGGAUGACCUGGAGUCUGAGAGGGAGCUGCGUCAGAGGAUCGAACGCGAACGCGCCGACUUGAGCGUGCAAGUCAUCCAGCUGUCCGAGCGUCUCGAAGAGGCCGAGGGCGGCGCCGAAUCUCAAUUCGAGAUCAACAAGAAGAGGGACACGGAGCUGGCCAAGCUGCGCAAACUACUCGAAGACGUGCAUCUCGAGAGCGAGGAGACCGCACAUCUCCUGCGUAAGAAGCACCAGGAGGUGGUCGUCGACUUCCAGGAUCAGAUCGACCAGCUCUCGAAAGCACGCGCCAGGGCUGACAAGGAAAAGUCGAAAUUCCAGCAGGAAGUGUAUGAACUCCUCGCUCAACUCGACAAUGUCACUAAGGAGAAGCUGAUGUCGAUAAAGACGGUGGAGAAGCUGGAGAUACACGUGUCCGAGCUGAACGUCAAGAUCGAGGAACUGAAUCGCACGAUCGUCGACAUCACCAGCCACAAAACCCGGCUGUCUCAGGAGAAUAUCGAGCUGGUCAAGGAAGUGCAAGAUCUCAAGGUGAGCAUCGAGAACAUCAGUUAUCUGAAAACGCAAAUCGCGGGUCAACUCGAGGAUGCCCGCCGCCGCCUCGAAGACGAGGAACGCCGUCGUGCGUUGGUCGAAGCUUCGUUGCAUCAGGUCGAAGUGGAAUUGGAGUCUGUCCGCGUGCAGCUGGAAGAAGAGUCUGAAGCACGCUUGGAUAUCGAACGCCAACUGGUCAAGGCCAGUGGAGAAGUCUCAGUAUGGAGGUCGAAGUACGAGACUGAGGCCAAUGCUCGCGCCGAAGAGGUAGAAGAACUUCGUCGCAAGUAUUCUGCUCGUAUCCAAGAACAGGAAGAACAAAUCGAGACCUUGCUCGUGAAGAUCAAUAACCUCGAGAAGCAAAAGUCACGCCUGCAAUCCGAAGUGGAGGUUCUGAUCAUCGAUUUGGAGAAGGCCAAUGCAACCGCUCGCGAGCUGCAGAAACGCGUGGAACACCUCGAGAAGAUCAACAUAGAAUUGAAGGCCCGCUUGGACGACACUAUGGCCAUGUACGAGCAAAGCCAGCGCGACCUCCGCACCAAGCAGCAAGAACUGCAACGCACGAACGCCGAACUCGACAAGACCCGCGAAAUAAAAGACCAAUUGGCGCGUGAGAACAAGAAACUCGGAGACGAUCUCAGCGAUGCGAAGAACCAAUUGGCCGACAUGAACCGCAGACUCCACGAACUGGAACUGGAGCUUCGCCGACUGGAGAACGAACGUGAAGAAUUGGCCGCCGCCUACAAGGAAGCUGAAGCAGGACGCAAGAUCGAGGAGCAACGCGCUCAGAGAUUGUCAGCCGAAUUGAGCCAACUACGCCACGAGUUCGAACGCCGCAUUGCUGAAAAGGACGAAGAAAUCGAGGCUAUUCGCAAACAGACCAGCAUCGAGAUCGAGCAGCUGAACGCUCGCGUGGUGGAGGCCGAGACGAAGCUGAAGACCGAGGUGCAGCGUAUAAAGAAGAAGAUGCAGAUCCAAAUCACCGAACUCGAGCUGUCCCUGGACGUCGCCAACAAGAACAACAUCGAUUUGCAGAAGACCAUCAAGAAGCAGUCCCUCACCCUGACCGAACUGCAAGCCCACUACGACGAGGUGCAACGCCAAUUGCAGGUGACUCUGGACCAAUUGGGCAUCAGUCAACGUCGUCUUCAAUCGUUGACGGCCGAGCUCGAGGAGGUCCGCGGCAAUUACGAAUCCGCCCUGCGCGCGAAGAGGAUCGUCGAGCAGCAAUACGAGGAGUCGGUUAGCCGUAUCAACGAGCUGACCACCAUCAACGUGAACAUCGCUUCGUCGAAGGCUAAAAUCGAGCAGGAACUGGCAACCUUGGCUGGUGAUUACGAGGAGGUCACCAAGGAGUUGAGAGUCAGCGACGAGAGAUACCAGCGAGUGCAAACCGAGCUCAAGCACACCGUCGAGAUCCUUCACGAGGAACAGGAGCGUAUCGUCAAGAUCGAAGCUAUCAAGAAGUCGUUGGAGAUCGAGGUGAAGAACUUGUCCGUGAGAUUGGAGGAGGUCGAGGCCAAUGCCAUCGUGGGCGGCAAACGCAUUAUCAGCAAGCUCGAGGCUAGGAUUCGCGACCUGGAGCUCGAGCUGGACGAGGAGAAGCGCCGACACUCCGAGACCGUGAAGAUCCUGCGCAAGAAGGAGCGCAAUAUCAAGGAGGUGAUGAUCCAGGUCGAGGAAGACUCGAAGAACAUCGCCCUGCUGCAGGAGUCGCUCGACAAGGCCAGCCAGAAGGUCAGCAUCUACAAGAGGCAGUUGCAGGAGCAAGAGGGCAUGUCCCAGCAGAGCGUCACCAGGGUCCGCCGAUUCCAAAGGGAGCUCGAGGCCGCGGAGGAUCGCGCCGAUACGGCUGAGAGCAACCUGACUCUGAUCCGUGCCAAACACCGCAGCUUCGUCACCACCUCGACCGUGCCCGGUUCCCAGGUCUACCUCGUCCAGGAGACGAGGCAGGACCUGUAA